AGUGAAACCGACAACGCUCUCCGUCAGUAUACAUAUAUUAUAUGCUCUUAUAUCGCUCUGCACACGAUACACCGCACCGGUAGACCGGCUCGCUCGCACAUUCGUUUUUCGUCUCUCGUCUGCAGCAGUAGUUGCGUGCCUACCUACCUACCUGACAAUAAGGCUGUGUAAAAGUACCCGAGUCCUCGUCUUCGUCGUUCGAUUUUAUUUUAUUUGUUACCCACCCGCGAUCAUGGAAGCUUUCUUGAACAAAAAAUACAAGCUAAACUCCAGCGAAAAGUUUGACGAGUACAUGAAAGCUUUGGGUGUUGGAAUGAUGACACGAAAAUUGGGUAAUACYGUAUCUCCGGUGGUGGAAUUGACCAAAAGCGAUGAUGGCAAAUUUGUGCUAUCGUCGAACUCGACGUUUAAAAACUCAUCGAUCGCGUUUAAACUCAAUGAAGAAUUCGACGAGGAGACACCUGAUGGCCGCAAAGUGAAGUCAAUCAUCACCCAAGAUGGAAACAAGCUGGUGCACACCCAAAAAUGUGACAAACACAAUGACACUACGAUYGUUAGAGAAUUUGAGCCCGAACAAUUGAAAAUGGUCCUGACUGUCGAUGACAUCACUUGCACCAGRAUCUACAAACCAGUCCAAUAAAAAUAAUACAUUACAAUAAUAUGCUUAUUAUUAUUUAUUGUAUUAUUUAAUUACUAUACAAUUCAGAUCUUUUCUACUUAUCCGAAAUUUUGGCUACUUUAUAUUUAUUAUAAUGUUAUACAUGUGAUUACUGAUAUAAUUACAUAAACUAUAUUUAUUUAAUUUUAA